AAAGAAUCCAAAGCCUCUUAAAAGUCCUGAAUCCCUCUAACCAAACAAUUUUAAAUGCAAACCUAGCAGAGUGACCUUGACCGUACAUUUUUCUGUCCUAGUUAAUUGGAGGUGGUCUUACUUUGGUCACAGCUCAGAAGCGAAGAGACUUCUUAGUUCUUACUCUUUGAAACUUAGUUUCUCUGAGACUCCCAUAUUGCAUGCAGAAUGGCUAUGCUGGUGAUGAGGGUGGUGGUGGCUGUGGUGGUGUUGGUUCUCUUACUGGCGUUAGGUUCGCGGGCAGUGGAUGUUCAUCAGCUAAGGCUGGUGGCGGCCAAGUAUAAUGUAACCUCCAUCAUAGUUUUUGGCGAUUCCAGUGUUGAUCCUGGCAACAACAACCUUCUCGAUACCAAUGCGAAAGGAAAUUUCCCACCUUACGGGGAAGACUUCUUUAAUCACCGCUCUACCGGAAGGUUGAGCAAUGGAAGACUUGCCACGGACUUCAUCGCCGAGGCAUUAGGCUAUACAACCAUCAUUCAAGGCUAUCUUGACCCUCACAAAAGGAAAGCAGAUCUUGUGCACGGUGUUAGUUUUGCAUCAGCAGGUUCUGGCUACGAUGACCUCACUGCUAAUCUCCGGAAUGUGUUGACUAUUUCCAAGCAAUUAGAGUAUUUCAAACAUUAUAAGACUCAAGUGAAGCAAAUGGCGGGAGAGCAAAAGGGUGAAGAAAUCCUCCAAAAUGCAAUAUAUCUUCUAAGCAUGGGAACAAAUGACUUUCUUCAAAACUAUUUCCUCGAACUCAACCGCUCCGAGACAUUCACAGUGGAACAGUACGAGGAUUACUUGAUCUCUUGCAUGGCUCGUGAUGUUAAGGCAAUGUAUACCCUUGGAGUUAGGAGAUUAGUGGUAGUGGGACUUGCCCCAUUUGGGUGCACCCCACUUAUCAAAACACUAAGGGACGACACCAAGUGCGAUGCUACAUUUAACAGUGUGGCCCUCUCAUUCAAUUCUAAGUUAAAGGCAAGGUUGGCAAUUCUUAAGAAAUCAUUGGGGAUGAAAGCUGCCUAUAUAGAUGUAUACAACAUGGUUGACAAGGCUAUUCAGAACCCACAAAAAUAUGGUUUCUCAGAGACUUCAAAGGGGUGUUGUGGGACAGGAACUAUUGAAUAUGCUGGUUCAUGCAAAGGGUUGAGUACAUGUGCUGAUAGAACAAAAUAUCUAUUCUGGGAUGCAGCUCAUUUCACUGAAAAAAUGUACAAGAUCAUUGCUGAUGAGGCUUUGACAUCAGUCAUUGAGAGUUUGUUGAACUAAGGAUCAUAAGUUUGGGUAAUUGGUAUGGUAUAGUGGUAAUGUGAUUUAAGGAUAUUUUGGUAUUUGGCAAGAAUUUUUAAUUAGUAUGUAUGACUAUUUAUAAGUAUUGGGUUGUGUUGUACUUCCAUGCUAUGUAGUCCAAUGUACUUGUACCCUUAAUUGUAGAAUUCUCUCUC